UUUUGCCGCCUCUAUUCUGUCGAACACUUGUCAUGGUUAGCCUCAAUAACGAGAUUGCAGAGAGGAUCAUUCAGGCAAUGCUGUUGGACGAGCCUUCUCCUUCUCCAUUGGAUAUGGACAUUAUUAUACCAAAGGAGACUCACGAUUUCAUUGAAGAAUUUCAUAAAAAUAAAAUUAAACUCGAACAGAUUUGUAAAUCAAUGGAGCAAGUACUUGAGAAAUGGGAUGUGAAAAUUCGUCCAGCAAGUGCUGCUCCUUCGUUAGAUGCAAGACUGACAUAUCCACAUAAAUGUGCUGAACAAUUAGGAAAAAUACAAAAGUUGCCAUUCACUGACGAUAUUGAUGAAGUAAAUGAAGUAUUAAUUGCAACACAAGUAGCUUAUUCUGAUUUGGCAACUUUGGAGAGAGAACAUUUGGUUAAGCUCUACAAAACUGUUAUUGAGAAAAUCUUCAAAGGCUAUUUAGUUAAUGAAGUGCCAGGAAUUGAAAGGAAUAUUAAAUCAACAAACGAGGCAGCCCUUGCUUUAGGUCGAGCAAUUGAAGUUGUUGAAUUAAAGCCAACUCCGAUUAACAAAGAAUAUCUUUCCAAAGCUGAAAGUAAUUUUAGCUUUGCAUUAGUGAAGAUGGAUCAAUAUGUUCGGAGUUUUCCUGAUCGACAGAAAGAAUUCGCUCGUGGUGCUAAUUUAUUUGCCCAAGGAUUACGUGAACAUUAUGUUCGUCUACACCGUUCGAUGAAUGCAACAUUGGAAUUAUUGGACAAGAAGUUGGCUUCUCACCGUAAUGAACAAGAAGAAGGAGGUGGAGCAGUACAGGGAGAAGAAGGAGCAGAGGGAGAAGGAGGAGAAGUGGAAGAGGUAGAAGGAGGAGAUGAGGGGCAAUAA